GAGGCUGGGAAGUCCCCAGACGGCUGCUGAACAUGGACAGUGCUGCGAGGCCCAGGUCGGCCUCCCUGGGUGACGUCCAGUUCGGAGCAGUGGCCACCGAGACCAUCGAGGAUGCGCUGCUGCACCUGGCCCGGCGGAACGAGCAGGCCGUCCGCGAGGCCGCGGGCCAGCAGGGCCACUUCCGCUUCCGGGAGCCGCGCUUCGUGGAGUUCGUUUUUCUCCUGUCUGAACAAUGGUGUCUGGAGAAAUCCGUGUGCUACCAGGCUGUAGAAAUCCUAGAAAGGUUUAUGGUCAAGCAGGCGGAGGACAUCUGUGUGCAGGCCUCGGUCCAGCUGGGGGACAGCAAGUGGACAGAGGCUCCAGACUGGAGGGUUCGGAAGGAGCGGCUCUGCAGCAAGUUUGUCCUCCGCCUGGUGUCGUGUGUCCAGCUGGCCAGCAAGCUGUCUCUCCACUACAAAGUCAUCAGCAGUGUCACAGCCUUGCACUUCCUCCAGGGCCUGGGGCUCCCUUACACUAGAGAGGAACUGCUGGACUCAGAGCUGGACAUCUUGAAGUCCCUGGACUUCCAGAUAAACCUCCCCACUCCCCUGGAGUAUGUCGAGGUGCUCCUGGAAGUUCUAGGGUACAACGGCUGUGUGGUCCCAGCCACACAGCUGCACGCCACCUGCCUGACCCUGCUCGACCUGGUCUACCUCCUGCACGAACCUGUGUACAAGAGCCUGCUGAGGGCUGCCGUGGGGAACACCACGCCCAGCCAGCUGCAAGGGGAGAAGUUUAGUUCAGUGGAGGAAGACUUCAUGCUGCUGGCAGCAGGGGUCAUUGCGGCAAGUGCUUUCAUCCAGAACCACGAAUGCUGGAGCCAGGGUGACGGGGCCAGCUCAACCUUCCUGUCUUGGGCUAGUUUCCACCCACCUGGGCUCCGGAGAAACAUUCCUGUACAUUUCCAGAGGCUGCAGGGGAAAACCUUCCUGAAACUGGACAGCAGGCUUGAGCUUCACACCAAGAAAAUCCCAGAACCACCUACCACUCCAGAACCCAGCAGCGGCACCCUGCCUGCCUGCAGUGCUGGGUCGGCCUUUGCCUGCCGGCCUGGCAUCGUGAAAGUCUGCUCUGGGUCUGCCUCCCACCAUGGGCACAGCUUUGCCCGCCUUCUUGUGUCCUUUCCGUGCCACUCAGCCUGGUCCCACUGUGAGUUCCCUCGGGGUGGGGGUUACUGACCUGUACGGAAGGCAAAACCGCGUCUCGCCCUUCUCCACCUCCUCUUUGAACUGCUGCACACAGUCCAGGAAAGCCACCAUGGCAUGGUCGAAUUUGUUGUCCCAGAAAAACCGCAGCCCCCCAGAACAGUACAAAGGCAGCUCCUGUUCAAGUGAGAGAAUGACUGUGGUCAGGUGAGCGGGGGCUGUUCCCAGUCCUAUUGGCUGCUCCAGCCGUGCUCCGUGUCCACCAGAAGUAACUGUGCUGAGGGACACAACCUCUGUCCCACGAUGGCAAUAACCUCAGGCAAAUCCAACACCUCAGCGCUGUCUCCUGGCAGGGGGAAGCACCAAUCCCACCUUGCAUAGUCCCUCCUCAGGCAGGCCCACGUGGUCUCUGCUCGGCCCCACCCUUCUCAACGGCUGGAAAGCCCGACUCCUCUAUCAGCCCCUCAGAGCUAUGCCCGCGCAAGGCACUGGCCCUUUAUGGGCAGUUCAGUCCGAGAAGGAAACUGGCUGAUGCCAGUAUCAAAGGUAAACACUUUUUAAUUUUUUUUCAGUGCCAGGGAUGGAACCCAAGGUUUUGUGUAUGCCAGGCAAGCAUUCCCUGCUGAGCUACACUCUCAGGCCCAAAACAAAAUCAUUUUGUUAGGAGGAAUAAGAAUUCUGUCAUCUAGGGAAGAUGAGGCCUCCCUCAGUACCUUGGAUUUGUCUGCCAGGGACUCCAGGUAUGAAUGGUUUCCAUAGGGAACAAGUCGAUACCUAAAGUGAGAUGAAGAGAGCUGAGUGCAUGGCCCUUCCUCAAGCAGUUACUGGCUUUUCAAUCUGCUUCCUAGCCAAGGACUUCCUGCAUUAUUCCCGGCCUUCUUUCCCACCUCCCCAUAGCAUUCAUGGUUAAAAGACUUUGAGGCUGAGUGUGGUGAUCCCAGGGCUUGGGAUGAUGUGGCAAGAGGAUCUCAAAUCUGAG